AACAAUUUCCACAAUCAUCAACAUCAUCUCUUCGGGAAAAAAUAAACAACAUCCUCUCUUCGGUAAAAAGAAAUCAAUCUACGCGCUCUUGUUCGUCGAUCGAACAUAAGUUUUUUCUACAUCUUCCUCUCUCUAAGAUGCAGAUUUUUGUGAAAACUCUAACUGGUAAGACCAUCACACUUGAGGUUGAAAGCUCAGACACCAUUGAUAAUGUCAAGGCUAAGAUUCAAGAUAAGGAAGGAAUUCCUCCAGACCAGCAAAGGCUGAUAUUUGCUGGAAAGCAAUUGGAAGACGGGCGUACGCUUGCUGACUAUAACAUCCAGAAGGAAUCAACUCUCCAUUUGGUUCUUCGACUUAGAGGUGGUAUGCAGAUCUUUGUCAAAACACUGACUGGCAAGACUAUUACUCUGGAAGUUGAAAGUUCCGAUACUAUUGACAAUGUAAAAGCCAAGAUUCAGGACAAGGAGGGUAUUCCUCCAGACCAGCAGCGUUUGAUCUUUGCUGGAAAGCAAUUGGAAGAUGGUCGCACCCUUGCUGACUAUAAUAUCCAGAAAGAGUCUACUCUCCAUUUGGUGCUUCGUCUUAGAGGUGGAAUGCAGAUUUUUGUGAAAACCCUUACUGGAAAGACCAUCACUUUAGAGGUUGAGAGUUCGGAUACCAUUGACAAUGUGAAGGCAAAAAUACAAGAUAAAGAAGGGAUUCCCCCUGACCAGCAAAGGUUGAUUUUUGCCGGAAAGCAGCUAGAGGAUGGUCGCACUCUUGCUGACUAUAACAUCCAGAAGGAGUCCACACUCCAUCUUGUCUUGCGUCUUCGUGGUGGUAUGCAGAUCUUUGUGAAAACCUUAACUGGAAAAACCAUCACCUUGGAGGUAGAGAGCUCUGACACUAUUGACAAUGUCAAGGCAAAGAUCCAGGACAAGGAGGGGAUUCCUCCCGAUCAGCAAAGGUUGAUCUUCGCUGGAAAGCAGCUCGAGGACGGCCGCACUCUUGCAGAUUACAAUAUUCAGAAGGAGUCCACCCUUCACCUUGUCCUUCGUCUCCGUGGUGGUAAUUAAACAUUUCUGUUGGUUUUGAAGGUGUGUUUGGCUAUUUGUGAAAAUAGAUGUUCCUGUUUCCUGAGUUAAAAUCUUUUGUUUUCAGUCUGUGAUAAACUUACGUUAGUAUUAUCUUAGUCUAUCUUGUAUUCUGGAAGUGAUCUAUUGAUUUGUGCAGUUAUGGUCUUACCUUUACACUGCAUGGACAGUUGCGAAAUGCUGUGUCAUAAAUUCGCAGCAUUUGUUGCUAUGUACCCUGCUAUCUUUUAACUUGGGCUUUCCCAGUUCAAUUAUAUAAUUCUUUAUCAAGA